UAUAUUUCUAUAUGUGUGUAUAUAGAUGCAUGUGAUGUAUAUAAUGCAACGUUGGAGGACUUUAAUGUUUUGGAUGCAGGUUGCGGUGACCCGACAGGAGCGGCUGCACGGAUCGACUGACGGAGUCGAACUCAAGCGAAUUGUGGAGCGGAGCCCGAGCCGAAACGAGCCGAACCGCGCCGCUGUGAGUUCAGACCGGAGUCCGUUGGAGCAGCGGGGACUCUGCAGCUGUGUGUCCGUCUGUAUGGAGCCUCCAGGCGGACCGAGGCGGCGGAUCUUCCCGCUGCUGGUUCUGCUGCUCUGCUGCACCGCAGCUCCGGGACACGCCGAGAGGGUGUGUCACUGCAGCGGGAAGUCCUUCUGUCACUGUGACGGGGUCAAAGGUCAAAAGGGGGAGUCUGGUUACCCUGGAUACGAUGGGCUUCCUGGAGUGAUUGGUUACCCUGGAAACGAGGGCAACCAGGGGUCAGCUGGAGAGAAGGGUCGGCAGGGAGCAUCAGGACGUCCAGGACUGAAAGGCUCUCGGGGUCUUCCAGGAAAACCAGGUUUUCCAGGACCACCAGGGCUGCCUGGACUUCCCGGCCAUGAAGGACCCAUUGGCCGACCAGGACUCCCAGGAUGCAACGGGACAAAGGGGGAUGAUGGUUACCCAGGGUACCCCGGGGUUCCAGGACUGGUUGGCCUGCGAGGUCAGCCAGGACUUCGAGGUGCAAAGGGAGAUUCUCCUGUCUUCCCCGUCGGUCAGGACAUUAAAGGAACAACUGGACCACAAGGACCAGAUGGAGAAACGGGACUGAAUGGAGUUCCAGGUGAACCAGGUCGGCCAGGACCACCAGGACCUGCUGGAUUUCCUGGAAGGCUGGGGUUGCCGGGGUUACCGGGAGAGAAGGGCCAGGAGGGUCCCAGUCCAGUGAUCCCAGGUCCCCGAGGACAGAAGGGCCACCGCGGCCCCCCGGGGAUCGCCGGACAGAAAGGAAUCAAACUCUACGCUGAAGGACCCAAAGAACUGAAGGGAGAACCAGGUGAAGUUGGACUGAAAGGUUGUCCUGGACUUCCUGGUCUGCCGGGGAAACUGGGUGUUAAAGGAGCGAAGGGAGAGCGAGGCGACCCCGGCUCAUUAGGUAAGCCGGGGAAGGAUGGAGUCACAGGACAGCUCGGACAACAGGGAGACCCAGGAGAUCGCGGGUAUCUGGGUCCUCCAGGUAUUGAAGGAGCUGAGGGGGAGAAAGGAGUCCAAGGACCUCCAGGUCUUCCAGGAGAAACAGUCUGGAAGAAAAGAUUCCUGAAGGGCCAGCCUGGUGUCCCGGGGCCCCGCGGACCCCCAGGAGCCCCCGGAGAGCAAGGACUCAUCGGGUUUCCUGGACUGCAGGGGGGGCCAGGCGUGGGUCCUACCGGUCCACCGGGUCCCCAGGGGCCACCUGGCUCAACCGGACAAAAAGGAGAACCAGGAGAGCCAGGUCCCUUCAAAAGAGGGCCCCCAGGACAGAAUGGAGUGCCAGGAGCUCCUGGAGCUGAGGGGGAACCAGGAGAACCAGGAAUACCAGACUUCCUGCCAGGAGACAUUGGACGUCCAGGAGUUCGAGGUCUGAAAGGCCUGUUAGGAUUUCCUGGGACCAGAGGAGGGGAGGGACAGAAAGGUGAGAAGGGGGACGUCUGUGUGGCCUGUCCUGUUGUUUCUGGCCCCCCCGGACCUCCGGGUAAACCAGGAGAGCAAGGUGAAGAUGGGAGGGAAGGUGCUGCAGGUUUUCCGGGGCCCAAAGGUCUCAAAGGAGUGAAAGGUACUAGAGGAGCACCUGGUCCACAGGGCUCCUAUGGUAUCCCUGGACCACCGGGGACCCCCGGUCCUGUAGGUGACCCCGGCAUCAUGCGGAGGAUAGGACAGAAGGGUGAGUCUGGGGACCGGGGGGAGCCGGGACCACCAGGCCUGGAGGGAAAAGACGGACCUCUGGGAUUCCCAGGACUGAAAGGCAUUAAGGGCCAGAAGGGGAACCAUGGGCCUCCCGGGCGUAAAGGUGACAGGGGCCCUCUUGGAGAGACUGGUCCCAGAGGACUAGUAGGACAGAUGGGACCUUCAGGACCUCCUGGCAUUGGGGCUCCUGGAUUUCCAGGACUGCAAGGCAACAUGGGAGUUGUGGGACAGCGAGGAGAUCCUGGAAAACCAGGGGAAAAAGGUUCUCCUGGUGAGAUUAAAACCAGUCCAGGAGAUCCGGGCCAGAAAGGAGAGAAAGGUUUAUCUGGAAACCCCGGACCUGAAGGUGUGACGGGACGUCUUGGUGAUCCAGGAUCUGUUGGGCCAAAGGGAGAAAGAGGAGAAAAAGGGUAUUCUGUCCAGGGGUCUCCAGGCUUUCCAGGGGUCAAAGGAAUGAAGGGUGUCCCAGGAGCUCCAGGUGUGCCAAGUUUUGGAAUCAAGGGACGAGCGGGGCCAUCGGGGCCUCCGGGGAUGCCGGGCCCCAAGGGGGACGCCGGUAUCGGAUUCCCUGGCCAGCAGGGCAGGUUAGGACCCCAGGGAGAAGAUGGCUCCGUGGGACCCCAAGGAAACUCAGGGCCCCCAGGACUGAAUGGAGCGCCAGGACCUCCAGGACAAGAUGGACCACCAGGACCCAAAGGUUGCAGUGGUCAGGAUGGCUUACGUGGUCCAAUGGGCUUUCCUGGACGUUGUGUACCUGGAGCUCCAGGACCUGCAGGAGACCAGGGCCCGGUGGGCAUCAUCGGCUUCACAGGACCCCGGGGCCCAAAGGGUGUGAAGGGGGACCCUGGGCUACCGGGCAUAGGAGAAGUGGGGGCUUCAGGGCCAAAUGGGGCCCCGGGAUUUGAUGGAGAUCCAGGACCAGUGGGAGGCAUCGGAGAGAAGGGCCUGAGAGGAACCAAUGGGGAGCCAGGAAGCCCAGGUAUCAGGGGGAACAUGGGUCCUCCAGGAGUCCUUGGUAGGCCAGGAGAUGAUGGAAAACCAGGAGAAACUGGAAGACCAGGACAAAAAGGUGAGAUGGGUGUAGAUGGGGGCAGAGGCACUCAGGGGCCCCCGGGGCCUCAGGGGGACCGAGGGGAGACCGGACCGAAAGGACUACGGACCGCUGUGGUGAUGUACGGAGAUCCUGGAGACCCUGGAGCGCCUGGGUCCACAGGUGUCACUGGUACUAAAGGAGAUAAGGGCCACCAGGGGUUUCCAGGCCGAGACGGCAGUAACGGUAUAUCUGGAAGUGCUGGACCACAAGGACUUCCGGGAGACCCCGGCAGAGACGGACAGCAAGGUCCUCCCGGUGCCUGUGGUCUCCCUGGUAACCCGGGUGAGAUGGGAAGGCCAGGUACUAAAGGUGAGAAAGGCUGUGUAGGACCUUGUGGAGAACGUGGCUCUGAUGGAAAGCCAGGACCAGGAGGGCCUAAAGGUGCCAAAGGAGAACCGAGUUCACCUGGACCAGGAUCUAAAGGAUGUCCAGGAGAGAAGGGACAGCCAGGAUGUCCAGGAUUUCCAGGUAUAAAGGGGCCACCAGGAGACAAUGGAAACCUUGGUCCUCCAGGAGACUGUGGCCCCUGUGGCCCCAAAGGACAGUGUGGACCCCCAGGCUGCAGAGGUCCUCCUGGGUCUCCAGGUGAGAAGGGUUGCGAUGGUCCUACAGGAACAAAUGGCCCCCCAGGACCUGCGGGCCUGACAGGUAACAAGGGGGCUCCUGGUGAUCCUGGUCCACCUGGUCCCAGAGGGAAUCAGGGACAAGACGGGAUACCUGGCCCUCCUGGAGAGAAAGGAGCCAUGGGAGCUCCUGGAAUUGGACCCAGAGGACCAGACGGGACUAAAGGUCCACCAGGGUAUGCUGGGGAGAAGGGUCCUCCUGGUCCCUGUGGUCCUCCUGGUCCCUCUGGUCCUGGGGGACAUCCAGGUUGUCCUGGCACUUCUGGACCUCCUGGUCCUCCCGGUUAUCCUGGCAGGGAGGGAGUCUGCACUGAGGGAGGGAAAGGAGAAAACGGAUCCCCUGGAGGACAAGGACCAAAAGGUCCCCCAGGCUGUCGGGGUCCUCCUGGUCCUCCAGGUCCUGGUUUUAAAGGAGAGAAGGGAUCUAAUGGACCAUCAGGUGAUCCGGGAGCACCUGGUUGCCCUGGUGACCCUGGCUUACAAGGCGAGCCGGGUGACGAUGGACAACCAGGCCCACCUGGACACAAAGGCCUGCUGGGAGAUACUGGCGUCACAGGACCUGUUGGUUUGAAGGGGGAGGACGGGUUACCAGGUAACCAAGGCUCACGGGGACCUCCAGGACCUCCUGGGCGGACAGGUCAGAGGGGGCCAGACGGUCUACCCUGUAAGGUGGUGCUGUUGCCAGGAGACGAAGGCUCAGCUGGAGAUCAGGGACCAACAGGGGAAAUGGGGCCCCCAGGGGCCCGAGGACGACCCGGUAGUCCAGGUUCUAAAGGCAGCCAAGGGAUAGAUGGUAAGACUGGACCAUUUGGUUUUCCUGGACUGAAAGGGGACAAAGGGGACCGAGGAUUCACUGGACCAAAAGGUAUCGAAGGUCGACGAGGUGCCGUUGGACCUAAAGGUGUCCGGGGUAAUCCGGGUCGAAGCCCAGAGCUACCAGAGAAGGGCUUCCUGUUCACCAGACACAGCCAGAAACUGUUUGUCUCAGAGUGUCCUGCAGGAACCACUCUGGUAUACCAUGGAUACUCACUGCUGUUCAUCAAUGGAAACAACCGAGCUCACGGACAAGACCUGGGUACUUUAGGCAGUUGUCUGCCUCGCUUUACCACCAUGCCCUUCAUGUUCUGUAACACCGACAGCACCUGUCGCUACGCCUCACGCAACGACUACUCCUAUUGGCUGUCCACCGACCAAUUACAACCAGACAGCAUCCCCAUUAUCUCUGGGGAGUUACUGAGGAAUUUUAUCAGCCGGUGUACUGUAUGUGAGGCCACAGCCAAUGUGAUCGCCGUCCACAGUCAGACUAGUUCAGUUCCAGACUGUCCCUCAGGAUGGGAGUCUCUGUGGCCUGGAUACUCCUUCGUCAUGGAAACCGGUGUGGGGGCGGAGGGGUCGGGUCAGCCGCUGGCCUCACCUGGGUCCUGUCUGGAAAACUUCAGGAAGAUUCCCUUCAUUGAGUGUCAUGGCAGAGGAACCUGCAACUACUACACCGACUCGUACAGCUACUGGCUGGCUGCACUCAACCCCGGCGACAUGUUCAGCAAACCGGAGCCUAGAACUGAAAAUGGAGACCUUCCAGGAAACCUGAUCAGCCGCUGUCGAGUCUGCAUGAAGCAAGUGUAAACACAGGACGUCACCGCUACUGCUGCAGAUACUACGACUGUAAAUACUACUGCUGAUACUACUGAGAACAGUACUACUGUGUACUGCUCCCAUGUACUCACAGCUGCUGUGUCUGCAACAGACAUUUAAGAGAAUAUUUUAAUGCAAAUGAGCAGUGAUGUAGUGCAGUACUGACCAAUCGACAGGAUUCGUUGUAUAAUAUUUGUUUCUAAAAGUACUCAGAUUCUUGAAACUAAAGUAGUCAUCAGUGUCAAAAUACUUUUACUUCUACAGUAAAAUUCCUGCACUGAGAACAGUAAAAAUAAACAACUACUAGCAGUAAAAUGCACUCCAAAGUUAAAGUACCCAUUCUGAAUAUGUGUUCCUUUCAGAGUAGAACUACUGAUGUGUUACUAUAAAAGUGUGUUGAGCUAAUGAGCGUACGUCCUGUUCUGAAUGUAAAACUUUAUACUUCACAGUAACUCCAGCUGUACUGCAGUACAAAAUCAAAAUACUUUCCUCAGGAUGAACUGGAGAAACAGUGGAAAUACUCAACUGACAGUACUUCAAUUCAACUGUACAUUAGUAUAACAACUAAAUAAAUGUUCCUUCAAGUGUACUGUCAUUGAGUACUAUUACUGUAGUAGUACGGCUAGUAGUAAUCCUGCUUCUACUACUACAACUACUUUUGUAGGAGUAAUAAGACUAGUAUUACUCUACCCAAGAAUUACUACUGCUACUGUAAGUACCCCUGGUACUACUACUUAUGAUGGAUAUUGGACUCAGUUCACAGUUGUGAGUAUGUACUAGUAAAUUAGUAAGUAAACCCAAGUACCAGUACUACUACUGUAGGUACAGGUGCAACUAAUACUACUGGCACUACUACUGUAAGUACUGAUACUGCUAGUACUACUGCUGUUACAACUACUACUCACUGUUGAUGUUUUGAUAUUGGACACAGUUCACAGCUGUAUGCAUAUAUAACAACAUUAGUAAGUGUACUCAAGAACUACUGCUGCUACUGCUACUACUGUAAGUACUGGUGCUGCUAGUACUACUGCUACUACUACUGUAAGUAGCGGUACUGUUUAUUCUAUUACUAUUGUAAGUACUGGUGCUGCUAGUCCUAUUGAAUCUACUGCUGUAAGUACUCGUACUACUAGUACCACUGGUACAACUACUGUAAGUACUGCUCCUGCUAGUACUACUGUAUGUGCUUUUACUACUGUUCCUAUAAUUGUUACCAGCUCUAGCUUUUACUACUGUUACUGUAGUACUUCUGCUCUCAUUACUAAUACAAGCAUUACUGCUGCUGCUGCAGUACCUGAUUCUGCCAGAGGAGGGCAGAGCUGAGUUACCACAGAAGAAGAAGAAGAAGAAGAGCUUGUCCAGAGCCAAUCAGCAGCCUCCUCAGCUGGUCUGCUGCCACCAGGUGGAGCGCACCAUUUUCUGCCGGGCAACAGUGUGAAGCUCUCUGAUUGGAAGCUUUUCACAGCAGUGCACUCUGGGACUCGUAGUUGACUCCUCUCCUGACCGUAACUUCUUCAUAUUCUUUAUGAUUUUAUAUAAAACGGAUUUAUAAACAGCUGCCAUUAAAGAUAAAUGUUUACAGUCACAUGAUCAAUCAACUGUACUCCAGAUUCAGUUUGAAAUGUACUGAAUUUAUGAUGUUUUUGGGUUAAUAAAUAAAGUGUUUUACAGAAGUUA